AGCCCUCGAGAGACAUUACUCAAAAGAAAGUACACCAGUCACUCUUGUUAAAUGGAGAGACUUAUUAACAGGACAAUGGAAGGGACCAGAUGUGUUGUUAACCUCGGGUCGAGGAUAUGCUUGUGUUUUUCCCCAAGAUUCGGCCACUCCAAUUUGGAUACCAGACAGACUAAUCAGACAUCAUGAAACUCCCGUCGCCAACAAAACCCACCAUACCCAGAAAACGGUUUCGACCACGGAAAACCCGGCCGCCACCACACCCGACGAGUCAUCAGAUAUCUGAAGUUCAACUUUCUUCUCUUUUUGCUUCCCUGAAUCUGACUCAAUUCCGUCUUGUGGCUUCUACAAGAAAAAGGAACUUACCAACUUGGGGUGAUAUAAAAGCUCUUACCACUUCUGCUUUAGCCUUGGUGGAGGGAGAAUGCAAACCUGUUACUCCUGAAACUGUCUUUAUUGCUAUUCUUGCUCUCUUCACAGUCCAGUGCUCUCCCGAAGACUCUUCGCCUCUGUGAAAACCCUCCAAGAAGAAAUUAUUCGUUUUAAACUACAAAAUAAAAAAGGGGGAAAUGGCGUAGGCCAUGCAGGAGAGGGACGACCCAGACCCUGAUCGCAUAAGCCUGCUCUUGAGCAAGGCUCAGAGCCCUCUGGCAAGGCCACUUCCAAGGCCUGUGCAGCAGGUGGCGCUGGUGGGCUCUUCUGUA